AUGAAAUGUAAAAGUAAAAACAAAAAGGUAUCAUUCUGUGAACCAGUAGUAGCGCCAAAUAGCGUAGAGAAGGAGAAAGGCGAAUUUGACGAAUAUGUUUUGGACGAAUGUAGGGAUUCUUACAUUUUAGGAGAUGAAGAGUUAAAGAACCUUUUAGAAAAUUUCAAUCCGUUAGAUUUUGGCAUUAAAGAAAAAUUAAGUGAAAGUGAAAAAAAAAUACUCAUCAAGGAGAUUUAUGGAAGGAUACAUGUGGACUGUCCUACUUCCGAUGGGAAGAAAAAAGCUGCAAAAAAAAGCGAUGGUAGCAUUAAGGUGUUGGAUGAAGAGUGCACUAUGAAAAAAGGCGAAGCGGUAGAGAAAGAUCAGUUAGGAGGUAAAAAUAUUAAAAAAAAAGAAUCAGUAGAUGAAAAACAAAAUGAAAUAAAUAGUGAAAAACAAAAUGAAAUAAAUAGUGAAAAACAAAAUGAAAUAAAUAGUGAAAAACAAAAUGGAACAAAUAGUGAAAAACAAAAUGGAACAAAUAGUGAAAAACAAAAUGGAACAAAUAAUGAAAAACAAAAAGAACAAAAGAAGGAAAGGAAAAAGGUGAAACGAAAGGAAGAAAACUUGACCUAUCUGGAUGGGGACUGUUAUUUCCCCAAUGAUGGGUAUGACUACGAACAGCAUUUAAAACCAAUUAGUACUAAUUUUAUAGAAAUAAAAACAAAAAAGAAAAAUAAUUUUUUUGAUAUAAAACCUACGGAUGAAGAGGAAAAGGAAUUAUUUAAAACGUUCGAUGCGGAUAAUUAUGAAGAAUUAAAUGAUAAUUUUGUAUGUGAGGCUCAGAAUGUAGACAGAGCAGAAAAAUUGGAGAUUGAUGAUGAAAUAAUAUGGGGAACUGGGGAUUCCUUUUUGCCCCUUGUAUGUACGAAUAAUGCAUCUUCUAUUGAAGUGAGAAGCGUAGUGGACGAAAAUACUAUGCGUGAUUGGAGUAGUGUUAACGGUAAUGUUAGAGGCAGCACCAAUGGGAGUAGUAAAACAGAAAAGAGGGAAGAAGAAAGUAGUACGAGCGUAGCAUUUUCUCCAUCAAGUGCUAUGUGUUGUGAUAAAGCAUUCCCGAUUGAUAGUACUAGUAAAGGACGUACGGCAUUUGAUGAAAGUUGUCAUACUGGUAGUACACCUAAAAAUAAUAAUACGAAUAAUACAAUACUUGAUUCAAAAAAAGAGGAGGAUGUGAGAAGAGAUGAGAGAGAUUUGUAUUCAUUAAAACUGAGUGAUUUCGUUCAACUCGAAUUGAACAAAGUGGACAGUAAAAUUAAUAGUAAAAACAGUAAAAAUAAUAUCAAUAUCAACAGUAGUGGUAGUAAUAGUAAUGUUGAUGAACUAACAAAAGUAGUAAAAAAAAAAGGAAAAAAAAAAGGAAAAAAUUGCUUACGGACCGCUGAUAAUCUGAUUGUCAACAUAGAUACUAAAGAGAAAAAUAAAAUUCUUCAAAUUUUAAAAUUGCAAAAAGACGAAAUUGUCGAUGAUCAGGUUAAAUCCAAGUCAGACUAUUCAGAACAAGAAAAGUCAUCCAGCUAUAACUGCGAAACUAUUUUAACGACAAAAACAAAUACUACUAAUCAUCCAUACAAGUUAAAUAUACCCAAAUGUAUAAAGUCAACCCCUAUACUGAAUGGUGCUAUAGGGAGAACCAUUACUAAGGUGAAGGAAGCAAACAAGAUGAAAGAGAAGAACGAUGAUAUCAUCAAACUUGAGCGUUACUUGGUUUUAGAAAAGGUUAAAACGACGAGAAAUAAAAACGAAACUGCAGAAGAAAAAAAAGAAAGGAAGAAAUCAGUUAAAGAAGCCCAAAGAUUAAAUAGGAAACUAAAGAAGGAAAACUCGCUCCUUAUGAAGAACGAGAAGAAGCUGAUGAACAAGAAUAACAACCCCUUCGAUAUAAGAGACAACGUAAAAUAUAUUAAACUAUAA